UGUCAUAAAGAACAAACCAAGGCCAGAAAAAUGGCACUAAAAUUAGCAACGUGAAAGUAGAUAAUAUUUUAUUUCAGCUCUGUGAUAUCCGGCAAAAUGUAAGUCAGAUAAGCAUUCGAAUUUUUUAAUAUUAUGCAUCUCGAAAACUUGGGAUACGAAAAAUGUGAUGUUAGUUCUCUCUUCAAAGCUAUUGAUAAAGAAACACAAACUAAAAAGCCAAAUGCAGUGAAGAACACUAAUUGCUCAGAGAAAUCCUUUAAAUUACCGCUUCCAAGGGAACUAGAAAAGAAGGACAAUGAGGAAGGAACAUUAAAAGUAUUUUCAUUUAGUCAAAUUAUACAGGAUCCUGACUGUCCAACAUCUGUUACGAUAGUCAAAGAAUCUCUCACUGAAGAAGCUCACCCACACAAUGAUGAUGCUUGCUCAAACAAAUACAAGUAUUGCAAAGAAGUUAUAAAACCAUUUUUACAACCUUAUCCACCGGGUUGUCCGAAUUCUGGACAAUUACUUAUCAACGAUGCUGUAAAGGCUGCUUCGGAAGAGUUUCCCGAAAACCCACCUUGCUACGAAGUGCCUGCACCUGAUAAAAACAAAAAACAAAACUGUGGCACAGACUGCCAACAACCACCAGUUUCAAAAUGCCCAAGCAAAUCUUGUUCUGAUACAGAUACAGAUUCAGACGAAUCUGAUUGUUGUUCACAAAAACCCAAGAAAAAUAAAUUCUGUGAAUCUCCUAAGAAGGAAGCUAAAUGUUGUACUUGUACAAAAAAAGAAAAGAAGAAGGACCCGUGCGACUCUGGUCCUAAACCAAAUUUUAGACUCUGUCCAGGUCAAACAGAACCAAAAAUUUGUAUAGAAAUAACAGAUCCUAGUUUAUGCCCAGGUUGUCCCAAGCCACGUUGUGGGAAAAAACCUGCGGAUAAGUGUUGUUGUGCGUGCCUUAUAGGUAAACAAGAUCUUGAUAAUCCUCCAAUAAGUCCACAAAAAUCUAAUAAUUCAAGCUGGCCAUCAGGUAUAGAAUCAGAUUGUUGCGACAAAUCUUCCGAAAGUAAAAGUUGUAUAGGCAAAUUAUUGACUUCAUUAAAAACAUUAUCGGACAGUUGUUUAAAAAAAGGGAAGUCCACAAAAGAUAAGCCACUGUGUAGUUGUGGUAAACCUCCUUGUCCACCACCUCCUUGUCCACCACCUCCCUGUCCACCACCUCCCUGUCCACCUCCUCCAUCGUGUUCUUGUGAUUCACCUAAGCCUAAGAAGUGUCCUCCUAAGCCGUGCCCUCCUAAGCCGUGCCCUCCUAAGCCGUGUCCUCCUAAACCUUGUCCUACAAAGCAGUGUCCCCCUAAACCGUGCCCUGCAGAGCAGUGUCCCCCUAAACCGUGCCCAGCGGAACCAAAACCGUGUCCUCCUAAGCCGUGUCCUGCGAAGCAGUGCCCCCCUCCACCGUGCCCACCGAAGCCAAAACCGUGUUCUCCUAAGCCGUGUCCUGCGAAGGCAAAACCGUGUCCUCCUCCACCGUGCCCACCAAAACCAAAACCGUGUUCUCCUAAGCCUUGUCCUGCCAAGCAGUGUCCUCCUCAACCGUGUCCAAGGCCGUGUCCUCCAAAGCCGUGUCCUCCAAAGCCGUGUCCUGCUAAGCAGUGUCCAUCUAAGGAGUGUCCUGCUAAACCCUCUUCUCCAAAGACGUGCCCUCCUCCAAACUCGUGUCCUGCUAAUCAGUGCCCUCCAAAGCCGUGUCCUGCUAAGCAGUGUCCUUCUAAGGAGUGUCCUGCUAAACCCUCUUCUCCAAAGCCGUGCCCUCCAAAUCCCUGUCCUGCUAAGCAGUGUCCUUCUAAGGAUUUUCCUGCUAGACCCUCUCCUCCAAAUCCGUGUCCAGCUAGACCCUGUCCUCCUAUGCCGUGUUCUACUUCAAGAAACACAAUGGUUGACAGUCCACGUGAGAACCCAUCAAACAAAAACAAACCAUGUCCUCACGAAACUCCUAACGAAAGUUCUGCUAAAGAACGCUCACCAAACAAAAAUAAACCAUGUCCUCACGAAACUCAUGACGAAAGUUGUGAUAAAGAAUGCCCAUCAAACAAAAACAAAUCAUGUCCUCACGAAACUCAUGACGAAUGUUCUGCUAAAGAACGCUCACCAAACAAAAAUAAACCAUGUCCUCACGAAACUCAUGACGAAAGUUGUGAUAAAGAAUGCCCAUCAAAUAAAAACAAAUCAUGUCCUCACGAAACUCAUGACGAAUGUUCCGCUAAAGAACGCUCACCAAACAAAAAUAAACCAUGUCCUCACGAAACUCAUGACGAAAGUUGUGAUAAAGACUGCCCAUCAAACAAAAAUAAACCAUGUCCUCACGAAACUCAUGACGAAAGUUGUGAUAAGGAAUGCCCAUAUUCUGCUAAAAAAAAAACACCAAACCGAUAUAAACCAUGUCCUUAUGAAAUUCCUGUCAAAAGUUCUGAUAAAGAACACCCACCAAGCCGAUACAAACCAUGCCCUACCGAAAUCCCUGACGAAAAUUCUGUUAAAAAAUCAACGUCCCAUAAAAACCUAUGCCCAAAAAAUUCAAAGGCCGACUUUCAAAGUAAAACAUCUUCAAAAGAUAUUCAUGGAAAGAACAACGGCACAAGUUCUGGCUUAGUAUACAGUAGUCCUAAAGGCCCAUGCAAAGUUAAUGACAUUACAAGUCAGCUAGUACAAGUAGAAAAUACAAAUGAGAAACCACAUGUGACCAAUACCGGUGGUCUUUGCUGCUCUUGUGGUGAAAAGGAAAGACCAACGCCUAAACAUGCCUGCAAAAAUCCUGCCAGGACACCACCUGUCUGUAACCCGAAUUCAAGUUCUAUGCUCGGUAAAUCAACAAUGGACGCACAUAAUGAAACUAUAGCUACUCUCAAAUGUGCAAUGAAAGACUUUAUGUGCAAAGUUUUUAGAACUACACAAGAUGCUGUUUCAGUUAUCUCUUGUGAAGGUAAUAAACAAUAUGAAAAGCUAAAAAAAUCGGUAUCAGAUUUGACUUCAGACUGUCCACCACCAAAAAAAGUAAGCAAUGAAUCUGGUAAUACGCCUAGCAACAAUAAUCUGAGGCGAUUCAGCAUCAUAAACAUGAACAACCUUCCUGAGAAAAUAAACUUACCACCAUGUAAACCACCAGAACCUUAUCCCAGUACCGCAAGUGGAUAUUUUGAAGCAGCACUUGAUAAAGUUAGCUCUGCCGCAUCAAUGAUCAGCAGGUCACUAGUUUUUGAGCUACCAGCUCAAAUUAAACGAAGUUAUAAUGAUGAUAGUUCAGAGUAUGAUAUUCCUAAUUAUACUAAACCGAAAGAUGUGGAUAAUUUAAUGAAUCCUUUCGAGGUUAAUGUAUUUACAACAAUCAAGGACAAAAUCUGGUCUAUAUUUGUUGAUGAUGACAAGCAAGAAAGAGAAAUUCGAUCCACAAUGUCCAGCUCUGAAUCUUUAACCUCUGAGAGUGAUGAGGAUCUUAUAAACAAGAUUAUAGAUUAA